UGGACGGAUUGCAUUCUUGUUCCGUCAACGAAUUUGAGACGGCGAAGGUCAUAAUUUUUACAAAGGCAACUGUUUUAAAUCCUAAUGACAAAUAUGUAUAAACAUUACACUGAAUUUUUUCACGCUAUUAUAAAUAACGAAUCAAUUUAUCAACUUGUAUACUUAGAUCAUUUUGCUCGCGAUAUACUAUGCACUUGUGCGAUUAAUGACUGCCACCACCAACACUGGUGCAGCGGAUAAUACAGUAACAAACCGUAUUUAUAAAGACGUCAAUAAAGAUUUUAUUCACUCUUUGAUUAAGCAUUAAUAACGGCUCGCUAAAACAUUGCUUAAAAAUAUACUGUUAAACGUAUAUAAGUACUAGUAUUUAUUUAAUUUAAAUUUAAAAUCGAAUAACAAUGGCUGAUGUACAUUUUACUGGUGCUGCACAAGCCACCUCUUCCGCGACUGUUCCACACCAUCAUUCGGUUAAACGUAAGGCUAACAACAGUAGGGUAAAAUCGAAAAGGUUGCGUAUACAAUUGCCGAACGCGAAAAAUUUCAUCGAGAUUGAUUCCGCAUUGGAGAGAGGAGCCGUUUGGUUUUAUCGAAAAAACGUGGAAAAUUUCGCGAGCUAUCGAGAUUUUCUACGUGUUGUUAAAUCUGAGCUGGUUGCCAAACUCGGUGAAAUUGCAGCUGUUCGGCCUAUUAAAUAUAAUCUCAAAUUGGAGGCUACUUACCAUAUACCGCGAUCAGAAGCACCGCCCAAGGACUGUGCCUUCAAGACAUAGGCUAGGACGUUGUUGUCCGACACGGACA